CCUACCUGAGCAGAAAUCUUCAGGAAGCUUCCUCUCUCUCUCUCUCAGUUUUACUCUGAAUACAAUUUUGGAACAUUGUUUUUGGAGGAUACAAAUGCUUCAUCGUAUGGAAUAAUUUUUCUUGUUCAAUCUGGAUUAUUUAUUAAAUUUAUUUUUAUCAGUGUGGUUUUGAGGUUGAACGAAAUUCCUGGAUUCCUGGAAGUGGUUGGAUCACACUGUUUCUCCACCUCCUGCUCUGCGGUGAUGGAUGCGCGGUGCCGGAGAAUUUGACGAGGACAGGGUGUAGCGAAAAGCGGGUUCGCAGCCGGUGUCCGUGAUGCGCACUCUAAGCGGAGGCUCGCGCUACCUGCGCGCCGGAUUCCUGGCGCUCGUGCUCGUCGUGCUCGACGCGAGGGGCGCGAGGGGCGUCGCGUGCCCCGCGCCGUGCGCGUGCCACGUUCCCACCGAGGUGCAUUGCACGUUCAGAUCCCUGAGCGUCAUACCCAGUGGGGUUCAGGCAGUCGUGACAAGACUUAACAUGGGGUACAACAGCCUAACAAUCCUAAAAGAACAUGACCUGUCAGGUCUGGAAAGCUUGGAGUUGUUAUUGCUGCACAGUAACACCAUCCAAACGAUUGAGGACAGGGCGUUCAGCGACUUAAAGUCUCUGCAGGUAUUAAAAAUGACUUACAAUAGAGUCAAAGAGCUCCGCAAAGAAACAUUUCGAGGCCUGGACAAUUUGUUCCGCCUCUACAUGGACCAUAAUUCCAUCGAAUUCAUCCAUCCGGAAGCUUUCUAUGGCCUCAGGUCUCUACAGUUGGUCAACCUUGAAGGCAACGCACUCCAACAGCUUCAUCCAGAUACUUUUAUAAAUCUAAGAUACAACCAGAUAUUUAAAAUUUCAACUAUCAAGACCAUAUAUCUAUCAGAAAAUGCACUGACCACUCUACCAGCUACAUUGUUCACCAGUUGCUACCAGCUAGAGAACCUCUUUCUUAGUGGGAACCCUUGGUCAUGUGAUUGUCAAAUGGACUGGCUUGCAGCAUGGAUCAAAAGGAAUCCAGGUGUCCUGAAAUGUAAAAGAGAUAGGAAGUUUUCUGGAGAACAGAUGUGCCCCAUCUGUAAAUUUCCACGUACCUCCAGAGGCAGCAAUAUAAUUUAUAUGCCAAGUCAAGCCUACACAUGUUCUAAGCCAUGGAUUUAUUCUCGUUCGAAACAGAGAAAUAUCACAAUGGAAGAGAACGGUUAUGCCCCAGUCCUUCCCAAAGACUUCAUUGCUCCAAUUGGGAUGAUGGAAAUGAAAGUUUCGGACCAGUAUAACAAGGAUGCCACCAUUUCGUGUGUUGUACAGAGGCCAGGGGGUUUGGACAACUUGAAUGUAAGCCAUGGAGUAAUAAGCAAUAAUGUUACAACCCUCAGUGCAACUGUGACUACAUCACUCGUUUGCAGUAUUGAUCAUGAUCACAUUCGGCAACUUUGGGGCAUCUUGGCUUCUUACAGUGACUCCCCAAUGAUACUUGAGCGGGAUUUACUUCUCUCCAUGUCACCAGAAAUGAGCUACAAAUACAAGCAAGCGAAAUCAAAUGAUAGUGAAAUCUUCACAGAGAUUGAGGCGGAAAUGAAGGCAAAUCCUGCAUGGUUAAUGCAAGGUACUAUUAACUUACAGCUGGACCUUACCACCACCACAUAUUCAACACUUCAUAUUAAAUAUUUGUCCAAUAUUGAAAUGAAUAUCGAAAGCAACAAAUUGAGAAGUGACCGAUUCAGUUGGACUAUGAUCAAAAAGCACAACCAGACUAAGACUGAGUUUUCAGUACUUAUUGGUGGUGUGGCUGAACUUAAUUGUGAAACCUAUGGUGAUCCCAAACCCUCCAUAGAGUGGAUUUUACCAGAGGGAAUCAAGGUGCGUGCACCAUAUACUACCGAAGACCGGAGGAUAGUAAUAUUAGACAAUGGGAAGCUAAUUUUAAGAGCAGCAGAUAGCUCUGAUACUGGUAUUUACCACUGCAUUGCCACUAAUUAUCUAGAUGCAGAUGUGCUUUCAUUUAGGAUCACGGUACUGUCCCCAGAUGUUGAGGAGGAAGAUAUCAAUGGAGUUCGGCUUUCACUUCCUGUGGGUGGGAGUUUAGUUCUUGAUUGUGAAACAAAUGGUACCCCACAAGCCUCUGUACAAUGGAUAUUUCCAGACCACACAGUUAUGGAUCAGUCUUUUGGAAACAGGAAACUGUACCCAAAUGGUACUUUAGCAGUUCAUCCACUCACUGAAAGAGACAGGGGUUUUUAUAGAUGCUUAGCUGCUAACCAUCUCGGGGUCGAUUUAUUAGCCUCUCUAGUCACUGUGUCUAGCGAUAGGUCAAAAAUUGUGACACUGGCCAGUGUAGAUGGGUCUGGUGAUGAUGUACCAAUGGACACAGAGGAUAACCCUGUACUUUACAAUGAAGGUCCUUCCAGUAGAGUUAGUCAGGAAUCAAGGACAAUUACUUCAGAUAGACCGUACCCUAGACACAGGCCCUCACUUCGCCAUGGAGUACCAACAAACAGAAAGGGAGGUAGCAGACACAAGGGGUGGUCUAGAAGGGUAUUUGACAAAGCAUCCCGGAGAGUAGACCCUGAAAGAUUAGCAGAUUAUAUCAAUAGAUCUCAAAACAAGAAAUCAGGGAAAGAUAAAGAUGGCAGUAUGAACCCACUAGAUAAAUCACAAGUUAAUGGUGGACUUUCUCUUGAUGAUGAGACAGGUUCAGGGUAUAUAAUCUUGGAUGGUGAUGUUUCCAUGCCAGAUCAAGCAAUAUCAAGUACAGAAAAUCCAGAAAAUAUAUUUGUUAGUGUUAUGGUAAAGAAUGAUCAGAAUAAGGCAGAUGAAAUUAGAGAGGUACUUAGAGAUAAUCUGAAUAAUGUUAUGACCACAACAGAAAACAUGAGAACAAUCACAACAGGUUCCUACUCUUACACAGAUAUCAGCCCAAUGGUGCCAAGUGUUACUCUGAGCAAUCAUGAAUUUCAAAAAGAUGAGACAACACCUCUUAGAACCACCCAAAGUCAUAAAGUUGCUUCUAGUAGUAGCAAAUCCAACAGUGCAGAACAAAGUACAAACCAACAUUUGCAACCAUUUGGUGUAAAAUUUGAAAUGACUGAAACCAUGGAUGAGAUGGAACUUCAGUUUUCUGGGGAUAUGCCAGAGACUGCAACUGAGGUACUGCCACACUUAAUUUCUCAGGUCCCUAAUGUGACACCAGUAUUAGAUCGACCAGCACAAAAAGUAAACCCAGUGAUACACACAUCCACAGACUCUGAGAGCCAAACCACUUAUACAGCAGUCACUACAACAGAAAGAAAACAUGAUGAGAUCACUUUGCAUACUACUCAGAGAAUCAAGUCUCCUCAUCUGCCCCGUGGAUCUACCAUUAUCUCCCAUCAACAAAUACACAUUAUUCCUCCCAGUAAAAAGCGACCAGGAAGGAGACAAAAAAUAUUCGGUAGACGCAGAGUUAUUCUGCCAAAUAAGAUUACGGAUAUACAGACUUUAUUGGAUAAGCUCAAAAAGCCAUCUGUAGAAGCUACUGUCCUAUGCCGAACAGAACUGACCACAAAUUGUAGUAGUGAAAAAGAAAGUAUAUCUGCUGUAAAAUCUGAAACAAAAGAUUUAAUUAGCAGAUUGCCAACCUCUUCGUUAAUAAAAACAGAAACACUUAACACAACAACCCUAAACACCCCAUUUAUUUCUUCAUCAGUGCUGUCUACUAAAUCUACAGGGGGUCAAUUAUUGAUCAGUGAAUUUGUUCGUUCUACAAAUGUCCCUGAGCAAAUCUCUACAAAAAAUCCAAUGGAAGACAUUCCAACCAGUGCUGCAACUACAACAACCAAGGCUUCAAAAGUCAUACAGGGAAAGAUACCAUGGCAUAGAUUGUUCGGAAGCAAAGAGGGUCAGCGGGAAAUUCUUAAGAGACUUCGAAAACCAGCCAAGCCAUCCAUAACAGUAAAGAGCACAACAACAGUUAAAACCAUGACCACAACUGCACCUUCAAGGCCCAUAACUACCCUACCUACAGCUGAGUCAAUGGCUAUGCCAAUGACUGCUGUACCUCUUAUCACACAAAGAAAUCAAGACAGUUCAUGGAUAUCUUAUGAUAACUUAUCAGGAUCGUCAAAAGUCACAGAAUCACAGAAUUCUUUGAAAGACAUGACUUCGUUGACAACUGCCAGUUCCCCCAGCAAAUACCAGAAAGCAACAGUAAUGUACACGCCAGUAACUACACCAACAUAUGUAUCCAUGGUAUUGACGGCUACAACAUCCCACAUAACCCCAAUUCCACCAUCCCAAACAAUGACUAAAACAACAUACAAAGAUGAUACAGUUGAGUUGUCAGGCGCUUACUCUGGUGGGUCUGGGGGCUUUGGUGGUAGGUCUUGGAGAAAUCGAAAGCCAGGUUUCCAAAAACGACGUUACAGAGGAAGACGACCAGUUAAAAAAACAACCACACAAGCUUCAACUACCAAACCUGCAACAUUAGAAACCACCUCUUUAACACCACAUACAAUUUCAAGAGUAACCAAGCCUUGGUAUAUAUCUACUGUUGAGCUUCCAAGGUCCACUAUACAAACAUCAUCUAAUUUAUUAGACUCUGACAAUGAAGAAUGGAGAAGCAUAGCCAAACCGACCAGCUUUCCAAAAACUAUAACAAGUAAAUCUUCACCCACACAUAGUUCAACUUAUACAGCUAAUAGGGCAACACCAUACAUUAUACCACAGUCAAAAGUUCAGAAACCCAAUGAAAGAAUUAACACAAUUAAAAGUAUCACCCCAAGAAGAGGUGGAAGGUAUCAAACUCAGAAACCUGCUAUUCACAGAGUAAGACAGAAAACCAGAAACAAGGACCGUUUUAAACAACCAACAACAACUGCUUCAUCUGACACUAAAAAGAUUAGUACUGUGAGGACACUAACCUUUGACACAGUGACUGUUGUUACAGCAGAAGAAAACAAGAUCACUUUAUUUCCAUCCAGCAGUGGUAUUUCUAAUGAAAUUCCAAAUACUUAUGAUCACACCAUAGUGUAUGAUACUUUAUUAUCUACUACCAAAGGAUUUGAAUCAUCUACAAAGGAUGCAACAUCUAAGCCAAGAAUUGUUGGGGGACAUGCAGCCAGUUUUACAGUUGAGUCAAACUCUGAUGCGUUCCUUCCUUGCAAAGCUACAGGCAACCCUGAACCUGCUAUCAGCUGGAAACGGUUCUCUCCAAGCACAGGAACUACAUUGACCAUUAAAGGUAAAAUGGGUAAAUUUGAGGUGUUCAGGAAUGGAACAUUGUUUAUCCAGAAUGCAAAUGUCAAAGACAGAGGACAGUACCUUUGCCUGGCUGAGAAUGCUUAUGGGUCUGACAAACUCACUGUCACGCUGUCAGUGGUAGCUUAUCCUCCUCGGAUAUUAGAAGCAAAGGUUCGAGAUAUCAAAGCACACUCUGCUGAAAUAGUUGAGCUGAAAUGCAAAACAGAAGGUAGGCCGGUGCCGGUUGUGUCAUGGAUUCUAGCAAACCGCACUCAAGUCAGGGGUCAAAACAACGGUCGUGGGAGAGUAACUGUUACACCAGAAGGUACUCUGGUCAUCCAGCAGCUGUCGAUAUACGAUCGAGGUCAGUAUAAGUGCAUUGCAAGUAACCCAGCCGGAAUAGAUACAGUGACUGUGCAUCUUCAGGUGGUGGCAGCUCCCCCUGGCAUUUUGGAAGAGAAACGGCAACUGGUGACGGUUGACGUAAGGCAGAGUGUAUGGCUGCCUUGUACAGCACACGGAGACCCUCAACCCACUACCCACUGGGUUAUAAUGGAUGGAACAGUCGUAAUGCCACUUCACACUAGCUCCAGAGUGUACUCAUUUCCUAACGGCACUCUUCAUUUGAAAAACCUGGAUGUCUCUGACAGUGGAAAGUAUGAAUGCAUUGCUACAAGUUCUACAGGUUCUGAGCGGCGAGUAGUCACGUUAUCUGUGGAAAACUCGGAAAUCGCCCCCCAAAUAAUUGAAACAUCAGACCAGAGGACCGAGCUGGCAUAUGGUAGCCAACUUCGUUUAAACUGCUCUGCAACUGGCAUUCCCAAACCCCAAAUACUUUGGAGAAUUCCAUCCAAAGCGCUUGUAGACCAGUGGCACAGAAUGGGCAGCCGUAUACAGGUACUGGAGAAUGGCACACUCAUUAUUAGCUCCGUGAGUGACAAGGAUGCUGGAGACUACCUUUGUGUUGCACGCAGCAAUGCUGGAGAUGAUCUACAACUAAUGAAAGUCUCUGUGUCCAUGAAGCCAGCUAAAAUUGAAACCAAGUUUUUCAGGAAGAAACAGGUACCAUAUGGCAAGGACCUUAAGGUAGACUGCAAAGCUUCUGGUGCCCCUGUACCAGAGAUCUCAUGGGGCUUGCCAGACGGUACAGUAGUCAACAAUGCUCUUCAAUCCGAUGGCAGAAUAGGUAGUCGAUCCAAACGUUAUAUAUUGUUCGAUAAUGGAACGCUUUACCUAAAUGAGAUUGGGAUGGAUGAAGAAGGCGACUAUACCUGUUAUGCAGAGAACACCUUAGGCAAGGACGAAAUGCACGUUCACAUCACCGUUGUGAGUGCAGCACCUCGAAUACGCCCCUCAGCCCUCUCGUAUGCCAAAGUCAAGCCAGGAAGAAGCGUUCGCUUUGACUGUGAGGCCAUUGGGGAACCCAAACCCAAGAUUCUGUGGAUGCUGCCAUCCAGUGACAUGAUUGCUGCAUCAAAUGAACGAUACCUGAUGCAUGUCAAUGGAUCUCUUGAUAUCCGUAAUGUAAAGUUAGCUGAUGCUGGAGAGUAUCUUUGCAUAGCUCGCAAUGCUGCAGGUGAUGAUAGUAAAGUGUUCAAGUUGGACAUGGAUGGCAAUCCACCCAUCAUCAAUGGCUAUUACCAGAACAGGACAGUCGUUAAGGAUACAGCUGAAAAGUAUUCAAGGAAGUUAAUCGAUUGCAAAGCUGAAGGAGACCCUACACCAAAGAUCACAUGGAUAAUGCCAGACAAUAUCUUUCUCCCAGCUCCUUACUACGGAAGCAGAAUUAUCGUCCACUACAAUGGGACUUUAGAGAUCCGCAAUGUAAGACCAACAGACACUGCAGAGUUUAUAUGCAUGGCAAGAAACGAUGGGGGUGAAUCUGUCAUGGUAAUACGUCUAGAGGUUACCAACCAACUCUUGAGGCCUAUCUUUAAAAACCCUUUUAAUGAAAGAGUGGUGACUCGACUAGGGAAGACUACAGUACUUAACUGUUCUGCUGAUGGAAAUCCACCUCCAGAUAUGAUUUGGACUUUACCCAAUGGCACCCAAUUGACUGGAGGGUCUAAGAGGGGAUCUCAGUAUCACCUGGGUAGUGAUGGCACAUUUGUCAUAUAUAAUCCAAGCAAAGGCGAUGCUGGCAAAUAUCGCUGUGCUGCAAAGAACAAGGUUGGAUACAUUGAGAAACUGAUUAUUUUAGAUGUUGGACAAAGGCCUUACAUUCUAACACGGCCAAGAGGGAUUAUCCGCAGCGUGUCUGGAGAACCCCUGUACCUCCAUUGUUUGGCUGAUGGAAGCCCUCGUCCUAACAUCAUAUGGACUGUGCCCGGAGGACAAGUCAUAAGUCGCUCUCAGAUAACGGGCCGCUACCAGCUAAUGGACAAUGGUACGCUGGUCAUCCAUCAGACCAAUUUACACGACCGUGGGAAUUAUAUGUGUCGAGCAAAGAAUAACGUCGGGGAUGCAGUUCUAACUGUGCCCGUUAUUAUAAUCGCAUACACUCCUCGCAUAACUAAUGGACCCCCACCAAAUAUAAGGGCAACAACGGGCACUCCAGUGCAGCUUAACUGCAUUGCUGUUGGAAUACCGAAACCAGAAAUCACCUGGGAAUUACCCGAUCGAUCUGUUCUCUCGUCAGCAGGAAAGGGACGUUCUUUAGGCAGUGAGAUACUUCAUCCACAGGGCACACUAAUAAUUCAAAAGCCAACAAGAGCUGACUCUGGCCCUUAUAAGUGCUUCGCAACUAAUCAUCUUGGGACAGACACCAGAGUAACAUAUAUGACAGUUAUUUAAACCAGGCAAUGAACAGCCAACAAUGCUUUUGGAAUCUUCAAGACAGUUAUCAGAAAAAAAACACUCCUCUGCAUAUUAAAUGCUGUUGUGGCAUAAUUCAUCAUUUAGAGGGCUAGCAGUAGUAAAUGGUUUACAUGUAUUUAACCAUGUAUCACUCGAAAAUGUACUUGGAUGGCAUACCAAGAAAGAUGGUGAGUAUGGUAUUGACUAAAUAGAUUUGCUGUUUAGAAAGUCCAAAUUUUGAAUUUUUGAAAAGAUAUGUGAUACUAACCUCAGGUGCUAAUGCAUACAUGUUUUUUUAUCAUUAUUUUGUCUACAUAUUAAGUAUUAUAGUGAGCAGCUGACAUUGAUCACCUUUUCCAUAUUUUUGUAAUACCGUUGAUGUUGAUGUAAAAUAUUUGACAAUUAUACUGUAUCAUUUUAAGACUGAAUUAAUAUAUUUUGAAGGGAAAAGAUUUCACAGAUUUUAUGUGAUUGAUAGUAUAGGUCACAUGGACGUACACAGAUAGCAGUCUCGGUUUUAUAUUUUAAUAAAGAAUUAACAGUGUUUCAAAAGCCAUAUAAAUGGCUUAUGAGUUCUUUUCAUAUCAGUCAGUUGUAUUUCAUAUUUAUGUGACUUUUAUACUUCAUAAUUUACUGCAUUUUAAAUUUGCAGUUUGUAUUUAAGAUGUUUUUGCAAAUAUAUAGUAUUAAAACCUGUAUAUACAUAAAACAAAUGUUAAGAUUCAUGUAUACUUGCCAGGCUGCUGGAUAUGAUUCCUACAUUUUUUUUUUUUUUUUUUUUUGUGGAAUGUCAAUUUACUUUUCUUUGUGGAGCCAUGAUCUCAUCCAGAAUACUUUUCUAAAUGUUUCAUUACAUUUAAAGAUUGAUUGGAAAAUGUAUUACUAUUUCUAUUUCUUAUUUCUAUAUAAUAAUAGACAUGGGGAUGGAUACUUAUAUUUAAAGUACUUUUAUCUCUUAGAAUUUUAAUGGUAAAGGGAUGUCCAUGUGUUACCAUUAUGGCAUAAUGAACCAGUCAGCUUCUUUUUCCAUUCUACAUUAUUACAAAACAAUUUGCACAACAUUUCUGCACUGUUACACAGAUGUGUACCAAUCACUUCAUCUUCUGCCUGAAGUUUAUUGACUCUUCAACAGUUUAUUGAAAGUUACUGUUGAACUACUAUUCGGGAUUAUAAAAUUCAGUUUUUCUUAUUUUGAGGCAAAAAAUGUGGUCCAAAAAACACACACCAGUCAAGCUGGAAAAUUCCCUAAACACUGGAAUGUUGAAUUGAUUUGUAAGCUAGAGAAACUGCUAGCAUAUGUUCACAAGACCAAUCAAUCAGCAAUUAGCUGGUUUUGGCAAGAUGCAUUGUGUAACAAACAGUCAUUUGGGGUAGGUUAUGUAAUCCUGCCUAGAAAAGCAAAUCACUCAUGAAUUGUUUUUGUUGGUUUGUAUCUUUCUGUUAUUUUCAGAUUACUAGCUUGUACGCAUUUACAGUGCAAAAAAACGAAAUAUUUGUUUCUUUAUGGUAAAUAAUGUGUACGUUUGACACCUCUAAAAUAUAUAUUCUCCAUUUACACAUUUGAUAUAUGCUUUUAUCAAAAGAGUUGUACAAUACAAGCUUACCAAAGUGUCUGGGACCUGAAUUUACAACCUUUUGGCCAAAAGCUCAAACAACUUACCAAAGCUCAUGGGUAUUCCAAGAUUUUAUCAUGAAAUAAAAACAGAUUUUUAUGCAUAUUAUGCAAGUUUGUUAGUAGUAGCACUGGUUUCCUUGAGUGGUGGGUGGAACCAAGUCGUUAGCUUAGCUCAUUAUAAUGAGCUCAUCUGGACUGAAUUAGCCAGUCUUUAUGAGCUUGCAUUUUGGAAAACCUUCCUUGCCUAAGAGCAAAACAGAAAUUAAAUACAGAAACUAGACGUUCAACCAAAAGAUUUAAGACUUAAAAGAGUUAUUAAAAAUAAUACUGUGAGGUCAUUUAGAUGUCACAGGGAUGUUUGGGUAUGCUUGACAACACCUGUUUUAUUUUUUUUUACUUUUUUUUGAUCCAGUUUUAAUUAAAUGAACAAAACUGCCAAAAAUAUGUUUUUUUAUGUUAUAUGUUAAAUGCGGUCCCCUGAGUAAGGCCUGGCUAAUGGAUCCCCCCUAGUUGGAUUGAGUGUUUUUGGGAUUCCAGCUGGCUGCAACACAGCACAUUAUAAGAAAAAUGGAAAAAUAAAACGUGCCCAUUUCCCUCAAAGGCACUUUCAAAAACAUGUCAUAUCUGAUAAUUCUCCACUACAGUUUCUUGUCCAAAUUCGGGAUAAACUCUGACUAAGUCCUUAAAGACCUUUAAAAACUCUCACUGUGUGUCUCUUUAUCAAAUCUGAUGAUCCCACCUAAUAUGCUUAUUUUAUACAGGACAUUUUUAGCUUUUGUAUCGUAACAUUUUAACCACACUUAUCGUUUUCAAUUGUUUCCCAAAAGUUGCUUAUCCACACUGAAACGUCUGGAAACACUUGCGUACCUAUUGGACUGCUUCAAAGAACAGUAUCAGCUCAUGAUCUUCCCCCCCAAAAAUAAGGACGAGCUCACAAAACUUUAGAUUGUGUCAUUAUUUUCACAGUCCAAUUUAUCUACUUUGGAGAGCAUUUUCAAAAAGAUUGUCUAAAAAUGCCGUCUCAGUGUGGACAGGGGCCAAAGCAGAAAGAAAAGUACGCCUUUUCAAACGAAGACGUAUUGGUGUGGACAUGGCCUGAGGCCAUGAAGUGUGGACGUUAGUAAUUGGCAUACUGGAAGAAAGACUGGGAGCCCUGAAGUGUGUGAAGUGUUGGAGAUGUAGUUGGUAGCAGCCGUGUUUGAUUGACGGUGUUCAAUUGCACCAAUAAGUGCAGUUUUAAGACUCCAGCAAUCUAUCUGAUCUAUUUUUAAAGGAGUACUUCAUCCAUAAAUGUUUACAAUAAAUCAAAACCAGACCCAUUGAAUUUUUUACAGUGAUACACUUCUAUUGUAUUAUAUUGUUAAUUUUCACUCUCCAUUCAUUUGUAUGUUGAAGCAUUUCUGUACUCGUUUCCUGACAGCAUUUCAGUGCUACUGUAUAACCUGUGUUUAACUGUAUUCCACCCAGCCUGCUACUGUAAAACUGGAAUUUCACAGUGGAGUUUGAAAAUCCACACUUCACAUCCACUGCCACAAAGGGUUGAUUCAUCUUUCUGAUUCCAUCACAAGGAUUUCUGUCCCUGGAAAUCAGGUGCAUGAAGUCAAAUAUAAACGUGUGGUGAGCUCUGAUGUCAGUAAAUAUUUUUCAUUGAACAUUUUCAGAUUGAAACUUAGGAAGUCAUUUUCAUGGAUAAAUGGUCUUCCACACCAUAUAAUAGGUUCCAGAUGAUAGAUUAUAAACUGGGGUUAACCAGAUGGACUGGUCAGAACCAUUCCCGGACUCCCCCUAGGCUCAACGUUGAUUACACAAGACUUCAGUUCUCCUUAUUACAUUCCCCCGAGGGUCAAACUCAGACCUUUAAAUAAAGACCAUACUUUGUUUAUUUUCAACUAAAUAUGC